AUGGCGAAGCGAGGGCUGGCAAGGCAGAAGUACGCCAAGUGGCAGCAAGAGCGAUUCGAGCCGGACGGCGGCGAAGCCAGUACGGCGGGUGACCGCGUCCAGGUCGAUUCGAAGGGUGCCCGUGUGCACAUAGGCGAAUGGGACGACAACCCCGAGGCGAGCAGCGGGUCAGAGAGCCGCAUCACGCGCGCCAAGUCCAAGGUCGAGCACGGGAGACGGCGCGUCAGAGGGCUGCUGAACUCGCGGAAAGCCAUCAAACAGGCCAAGGACGAAGACGCGGUCGUCGACGUGCUUUACGAGAACCAGCGCGGCUCGUUCUUCUUCGGCAUCCCGCUCUUCUCGUCCAAGUCGCUGCUCAACUUCGACCCGGCGCCCUGGGAGAAUGGCAAGCACAAGCCGAGCCCCGUCAAUAUCACAAACGCGUCGGUGCCGGACCCAAGUUGGGAAUGGGCGUGGCAGUCAUGGUACGUCGACAUGUCGUACGAUGUCGAUGAAGAGGGCUGGGAAUACUCUUUCUCGUUCCAGCGCAGCGUGGCCUGGCACGGCACACACCCCUGGUUCCAUUCCUUCGUGCGGCGGCGGCGGUGGCUGCGCAAGCGCGUCCGCAAGCAUAGCAUCUACGGCACGGAGGGACAGAAUCUGGAUCCGAAGCGCAUGAGCGAUGCACACAUGCUCAAUGGCGACUACUUCACCAUCCACGCGCCGAAGACCAAGAGCCGGAGCAGCAGCCAGACCCGCGGAUGGCCUAGCGCACGCUUCCAGCUACACGAAGAGGGCGAGGAGAUUGAGGAAGACAUUCCCAACGUGCCCACGCUCAUGGCCCACCUCAAGAAAGCAACUGUCGACCGGGAGAAGAUAGUCGCGGUGCGACGCUUCCUCGACCAAGGCGGCGACGAGAUCUUCUAUCUCGCCGAGCAGAUGCCCGCCAUAAUGUCGCUCCUCGUCUUCCAAAACUCGCGACGCAACCUACUCUCGCUGCUGCUCCAGCGCUUCGACCGCGCCUCGCAAGCCGCAGCAGCGGCCUCGUCCGAGAACCAGCAGCAGCACGAGGACCACCACGACCACCUGCUGCAAGCGCUGCGCGCUGCCGACGCCGAGUGCCGCAAGCUCGAGUACUGGAGCGACAUCCGCGACAUGGCGGUGCGGGGCGAGACGGCGAGCGGCGCCGACUCGGACGCGGGCUGGGGCCCGCCCGCGUGGCGCGGCGUCGAUGACAGCGGGCCUGGCGGGGCGGUCAAGGGCGCGGUGCAAGAGUUUAAGGAGGACGCGCCUGCGAGGGAAGGGGGAGAAGGAGGGGGCGAGGGCGAGGGCGAGGGAGAGGGAGAGGGCGAAGGGGAACGCGAUGCUCAGAUGAGGGAUGCUGAGGCUGAGGGCGAUGGCGAUGGCGAGUGGGACGCCGUAGCCAAGGGCAGAGAGAGGAGCGAUGAUGGGUUCGUAACGGAUCUGAGCGGCGACAGUGAGGACAACGACGACGAGGCAAGGCUGAAGUCUUCGGGCAAGGGCAAAGGAAGGGCGUAG